GUAUAUCGUCUGUAGGCGUGGCCUGUGUCCGCGUGCGAGUCUCCAAAACCAUAUGGCAUGUUGUUGAGUUUUGUCGCCCGACACAUCAACUCGCUCGUUCACUUUCGCCUUCAAGGAGCAAGGAGUUUAUUUUAAGUAGUCUUUUUGAAGUUUUUGAGGAUGCACAGCUCUCAGAAGGACACCACAUACACCAAGAUCUUCGUCGGAGGUCUUCCUUAUCACACCACAGACUCCAGCCUCAGGAAAUACUUCGAGGUGUUUGGAGAAAUCGAGGAGGCAGUGGUUAUUACUGACAGGCAGACUGGCAAAUCCAGAGGAUACGGCUUUGUGACGAUGGCUGAUCGGUCUGCAGCAGAAAGAGCCUGUAAGGACCCGAAUCCUAUAAUAGAUGGCAGAAAAGCCAACGUAAACCUGGCAUAUUUGGGGGCAAAACCACGGAUCCUGCAGCCAGGAUUUUCUUUUGGAGUUCCUCAGAUACACCCUACGUUUCUUCAGCGGCCUUAUGGAGACAGCGAGGAUGAUCAUUCUCCAUUACUGUAUCCUCCUCCUUUCCGCCAGGUCAUGAGGAUCCCUGCUCAUUAUGUGUACCCGCAGGCGUUUGUUCAGCCCAGUGUGGUGAUUCCUCACGUUCAGGCGUCCUCCAGCUCUCCCGCAGCCGCUGCGACUCCGUAUCUGGACUACAGCAGCGCGGCGUAUGCGCAGUACACCACUGCCGCAGCAGCAGCCGCAGCGUAUGAGCAGUAUCCGUACGCCGCUUCGCCCGCCGCCACCGCAGGCUACGUCACCACCGCCGGCACCGGCUACGGCUACAUGCAGCAGCCACUUGCAUCUCCAGCGCCCGCAGCCACCGCCGCCACAUUCGGCCAAUACCAGACGCAGACAGAGCGCAUGCAGUGAGAGACGCAGAGACUCAUCUUCAUCUUUUAUGUGUAGUAUUUAAUAUUUAUUGCAGAAGGGAACUCAAGCAUAAUGCAUCGAUGUGGAGAAUAUUACGGGGAAAACCUUUUAGAGU